GAGCGAGAGCGCGAGAGCCGUCCGUUGUCCGUAUGUCUGCGUUGAGGGCUCGCCAAGAGCAAACUCACUUCUGUAUUCUCUCUUCUUGACACAAUCACCAUGCUCUCAGUCUCCAAGCUCGCUGUCUGCUUGGGUCUCCUUGCGUCGAGUGCGAUGGGGCAAUACUGCUUUCAGUCGGUCGAGAAGAUCGGUGCCGACCAGAGCUACAACUUGACGCUCUCCGCCGACGUCUCAACCAAGACCAUCACGCACGACAAGGCCACGUACAUUGCGCUGCACUUUAACCAGCUCGACUUGCCGCAUGGCGCGUCGGUCACCGUGAGCGCGCCGGACGGUCAGAACGCAGUCACGUACACGGGCAAGCACAGCGACUUUUACGCCGAGUUCAUUCGUGGCGACGCCGCCAAGGUCACAUACCACGCGCCGUCAAACGGCCACGGCGCGUCGCCCGUCAUCUCGAUCGACCGGUACGCCAGUGGGUUCCCGGAGGACAGCCAGAAGCACCCCGAGGCCAUUUGCGGCAAAGACGACUCAGAAGCCUCCAUGUGCUACAAGGACAAGAAGCCAACACAGUACAAGAAGGCGCAGGCCGUCGCUCGUCUCUUCAUGAACGGUUCUGGGCUCUGCACCGGCUGGCUCUUUGGCUCGGAAGGUCACUUGAUCACGAACAACCACUGCAUCGGUGACGCGGGUGCGGCCAAGAACGUCCAAGUCGAGUUCGCGGCCGAGUGCGCGACGUGCGACGACCCGAACAACACCAAACAGCUCGGGUGCAAGGGCAAGGUCGUCGCCUCCAGCGUCGAGUUUAUCCACACCAACAAGGCCCUCGACUACACGCUCGUCAAGAUCAACUCCAAGGACCUCGCUUCGUACGGGUACCUCACGGCGCGCGAGUCGGGGCCGGUCCUUGGCGAAGAGAUUUACAUCCCGCAGCACCCCGGUGGCAAGCCGACGCGCAUUGCUGUCAAGCUCGACAACGGUCAGCCGGGUACGAUCGAAGACAUGGGCCACUCGUCGUGCGUCGAAGACGAAGUGGGCUACAUGGUGGACACGGAGGGCGGGUCGUCGGGCUCGCCGGUGCUCAGUGCCAAAGACAACUCGGUCAUCGCGCUGCACAACUGUGGUGGCUGCCUCAACGGUGCUGUCAAGAUCGACAAGAUCGUCAAGGAUCUCAAGAGCAUCAACAAGCUCCCGAAGAACGCCCUUGAUGGUGGCAAGUCGCCCACGCCCAAGCCCAGCGACCAGCCAUCGCCCAAGCCCAGCGACAAGCCAUCGCCCAAGCCCACGUACGAUCCGACGGAUAGUCCCAGCGACGACCCGAGCGACGACCCGAGUGACGACCCUACGGACAAGCCGACUGACAAGCCGACGACCAAGCCGACGACCAAGCCCUCCAAGCGUCCGCGCCCGUCGACGCCCCGCCCUGUCACGAAGAAGCCGAGCAGCAAGCCGACGGCGCCCCCUUCGAAUGGCGCCAAGAAGGUCUGGGAACAGUGCGGUGGCAAGGACUACACGGGGAGCGCCUCGUGCGGCGAGAACCUCACGUGCGUUCGCGUCGACGAGUGGUACUCGCAGUGCGUGCCUGGCAUUGGUUUCCACUGGAACUAAACCUUUGUAGCGUCUUUGUAACCUAAACACCAUGUCUUCUACUGUGUA